AGAGGUUUGUUGAAGUGGGGCAUAAAAAACUGGUCCGCAGGAGCACAAGAGAGGCUGUUGUAACGUGUUCAGGCGAGCCAGGGACUCCUCGCCACAUAUAAAGUUUUUUUUAUUUAUCUUACGUUGGUUUUUAAAGAGCUAACGGCUAACGUCACUUUACAGUAAACGUUGCGCCGUCGUCCAGUCGGAGCCGUGCGGUUUAUUAGCUAAAACAAAGCGGACCCUCAUAACAGUUUUAGCUAGUCUCCGCUGCAGGAACCGUUUCUUUUGGUAACAAGAGGACAUUUUUGGGACCAAUGUUACAAUAACACAACAGAAACGACAGCGUAACAUCAUAUCAAGAUGGAUUUUCGGUUACUUGUAAUAGCGACGUUAUCAGCGGUCCUUGGCGGCAGCUGGGCACAGCAAGAGGGGAGCGUAUGCAUCAAGGCAAACGCACAGUCAUGUGGAGAAUGCAUCCAGGUGGCAGAGUCGUGUGGAUGGUGUACCGAUGAAGAUUUCCUCACUACUGGCGAGUCCAAGUCGGCCCGCUGUGACGAUCUAGAGUCCCUGAAGAAGAGAAACUGUGCUAAAAUUGAGAACCCACGUGGAAGUUACACCAUUGACAGGGACAAACCUGUCACAAAUCGCAAGAAGGACGGGACAGAGAAACUGAAGCCUGAGCAGAUCACUCAGAUCCAGCCUCAGAAACUCACCCUGACACUCAGAUCUGGUGAGCCCCAGACUUUUGAUUUGAAAUUCAAGCGUGCUGAGGACUACCCCAUCGACCUGUACUACCUUAUGGACCUCUCCUUCUCCAUGAGAGAUGAUUUGGAAAACGUGAAGAACCUCGGCACUGACCUCAUGAAGGAAAUGCAGGAAAUCACCUCAGACUUCAGGAUUGGUUUCGGCUCAUUUGUGGAAAAGACGGUCAUGCCUUACAUCAGCACCACGCCAGCCAGGCUCAUCAACCCCUGCACCGGCAACGAGAACUGCACGAGCCCCUUCAGCUACAAGAAUGUACUGAAGCUGACAGACAAAGGAGACGAGUUCAACCGUUUGGUCAGUCAGCAGCAGAUCUCUGGAAACCUGGACUCUCCAGAAGGAGGCUUUGACGCCAUCAUGCAGGUGGCGGUCUGUGAGGAGCAAAUCGGCUGGAGGAACGUGACUCGUCUGCUGGUGUUUUCCACCGACGCUGGUUUCCACUUUGCUGGUGACGGCAAACUGGGUGGCAUUGUUCUGCCCAAUGAUGGGAAGUGUCACCUGGAGAACAAUGUCUACACCAUGAGCCACUACUAUGACUACCCUUCCAUCGCCCAUCUGGUUCAGAAACUGAGUGACAACAACAUCCAGACCAUCUUUGCAGUCACUGAGGCAUUCCAGCCUGUGUACAUGGAGUUGAAAAAUCUUAUUCCUAAAUCAGCUGUGGGCACGCUGUCCUCCAACUCCAGCAACGUCAUCAAGCUCAUUAUUGAUGCUUACAAUUCUUUGUCAUCUGAAGUCAUUCUGGAAAACGGCAGGCUGCCAGAGGGAGUUUCCAUCUCCUACAAGUCCCUCUGCAAAAACGGCGUGGAGGGAACAGGGGAGAACGGCAGAAAGUGCUCCAACAUCUCUAUUGGGGAUGAGGUGUCUUUCAAGAUAUCCAUCGAGUCCCAGAAGUGUCCGGCACAGGGCAAGUCUGAGACCAUAAAGAUUAAACCUCUGGGCUUCACAGAAGAGGUAGAAGUCGUUCUGAACUUCAUCUGUGACUGUGAUUGUGCUGCACAUGGGGUGCCUGGCAGUGAUAGGUGCUACAACGGGACCUUUGAGUGUGGAGCCUGCAAGUGCACAGAGGGACGUAUUGGGCGUGAAUGUGAGUGCAGCAAAGAUGAAGUAAGGACAGAAGAUCUAGAUGCCAACUGCAGAAAAGACAAUGGUACAGAUAUCUGCAGCAACAACGGCGACUGUGUCUGUGGUACAUGUGAAUGCAAGAAGCGAGAUAACCCUGAGGAGAUCUACAGCGGCAAGUACUGUGAGUGUGACAACUUCAACUGUGACCGCUCCAACAACAAGCUGUGUGGAGGACAUGGACGCUGUGAAUGCAGGAAGUGCAUCUGUGACGCCAACUACACAGGCAGCGCCUGCGACUGCUCUCUGGAGACUUCCACCUGCCUCGCCAAGAACGGACAGCUCUGUAACGGACGAGGUGAUUGUGAAUGUGGAAUCUGCAAAUGCACCAACCCCCAAUUCCAGGGUCCAACCUGUGAGAUCUGUCCCACCUGCCCUGGAGUCUGCACAGAGUACAAAGAAUGUGUCCACUGUCUGGCCUUUGAAUCUGACGAGAAGGAGGACAAGUGUAAGGACUGCAAGUUAAAGAUAAUUAGGGUGAAGGAUCGUGACAAGCUGCCUCAGCCAACAGACCAGAGCUUCCCUCUGACACACUGCAAAGAGAGAGACGCCAGCGACUGCUGGUUCUACUUCACCUUCGCCAUCAGAAACGGCACCAAGGAAGUCUACGUGGUGGAGACCCUGGAGUGCGCAGAUGGACCUGACAUCGUCCCCAUCGUGGCAGGUGUAGUUGCAGGUAUAGUGCUGAUUGGUCUUGCUCUGCUGCUCAUCUGGAAACUUCUCAUGAUCAUCCACGACCGCCGAGAGUUCGCCAAGUUUGAGAAGGAGAAGAUGAACGCCAAGUGGGACACGCAAGACAACCCCAUGUACAAGAGUCCAGUAAACCAGUUCCAGAAUCCCAGAUAUGGGACUAAAGGAGCCGCUCUUUAGGUCAAAGGUGAGAAUCCAAUCUACAAGAGUGCCGUGACCACCGUCGUCAAUCCAAAGUACGAGGGCAAAUGAUGGAGCUGUGCCUUCUUUGUGACAACACUGUAUGGAGAAAAAUACGGGCCGGGGUUAUCAGAGGAGGGAGGGGCGGGUUUUUUAAUGCUCUCACUGUUUGUUUGUGUGUUGUUGUAGUCACCAAAAUGAUAGCAAAGCAUUUUGCCACUAUUUCCGUUUUUUUUUUUUUUUUUAACUUACUUGUUUUUAUUUUCUAUGCAUCAUCUGAAUUGUGUACAGUCUGUAAAAAUGUGGGGUUUUAUUGUAUUGUAUUUCUGUUUUUUGCCUCUGUGGAGCUUGAGAGAAUGUGUUGAACUGAUUUGUAGUUUUUCUGCCACAGGACUGGCAAAAAGCCUAGCUGUGCCUUUAAAAAACAUCAAGCCAUCAGUGUUUUGGUGAGGGAGAAGUGGAUGUCGAUUAUGGGCAACACAUGAAGAGUUCCUUUCCAAAUAAUCAUGAAUGCAAUGUUGAGUGAAUCAUCAGUGAUCAGUCUGUUUUUAAGAUUGUUUCCUGCAUGAGCCAAGGUCUCAUUUGGUAUGUUUACAUUCAGGUAGAAAUAUUUAGUCUAACUCAAAUCAUACUAAGCUGAAUUUCUUGAAGUCAAACUAACACAACUAGAUAAUGUGGUUGGAGAUGGAUCUGCUCUUGCAUGUAUAUGCUUCAGUCAUGACUAGCAAUUUGUCCAAGCUUAAACUACAAAAAUGCUAAACUGAAGUCGCAUUGGUAUCUGCUGUGUAGCUAGAGGGAUGGCAUGCAUUGUACAGAAAGUAGGACACAACGGUGAGUCCUAACUGCAUGUGACAUGAGUGAGCAAAGGUGCACCCCAUUAUUUAUCUGUGUAUGGAUUACACCCUCUCUUAGGAUGGCAAAAGCAAUCGAGGUGCACUAGUGUAUUUUGUGCAUUUCCCCUAAAACAGUGCAAAGGACUGUGGAAUUAAUAGCUCAAAAUGUAUUAUCAUGUAGUUAUCUUAGCCUAAAGCUUUGGUGGCAGUGGUGAAAGCAAAAUCUUCUCUUCUUUGGCUGAAAAUUUCAUAAUGAUCCUUAGUAGCAGAAGUUAAAUGACAAUAUGCAACUAGUAAAGACCAAUUUUUAAAUUAACUAAAUACACAAAUUGUCUUUGUUUAUAACACAGGAACACUAUCCUUCACAAGGUAGUCAGCCUAAAAGAUACAGGGAGAUUCCAUUCUUGCAGAUUCCUUUAAUAUAUAGGUGAUAAUGUAAGUGCAAGCUUGUGCAUCACAAUGCUGUGCCAAGUUGAAGGGGACUGUAACUGUAGUCUCUUUGUUAUAUGGCUGUGAGUUUAGUAUAACCCAGUUUUCAUAGGGGGCCUAAAAAUGUCCUGCAUCACAACUACAACCCGCCACGGGUUAUGCCCAAGUGAAAAUUAACCAUGGAGCAUGAUAAAUAAAGGCCAAACUUUGCAGGACGUGAGUAAACCAAAAUAUCUAAAAAGAAGUUUCAGUGCGAGGGAGAAAGGAGCUACAGCUUCUCCUCUGACGUAUCAAUCACCCAUGUGGUUGAUUUUGACAAAUGCAAUAAACGCAACAAAGCUAGCCUCGUAAAAACAUGAUGGAUUAAACUUUCAGAAUUAGUAUAUGAACAUGAUCCCAACAUGAGAUGGCUUUUGUCAUAUCCUGACCACCCACAAGCAACACACAGUUUAAACUUUUUCUUAUUUGUCUUUGUCACUUGUGCCAACAUGGGCAAGGAACAAAGAAAGAAGGCGAUGACAAGGUACCAGGAGUGUCAUACAGGAAGAUUUCCUUGAUUAUAUUCUGACAAGGCAAAGCUUUUUUGGCAAAGUUAGAGUUAGUUGUGCACUGAUAACAACCAUAUACAUGUUCUAGAUGUUCAGCUUUGACAUGUCAGCACGGACGCAGAACUAUGCAGCUCAUAACCAUCAAAGCCUCGUUAAUACAAAGCACCACACUUGUGUUUCUCCUGAGAAACAAAAUUCACAGGGCAGAGAAUGAAAUAUCUAAUGGAUCCAAAGUGGAAGACAAAAAUGCAAUGUUUGAUGUUUACAUCCGGUUAGUGAUGAUGAUGUAAGACAUGUACAAAGCUGUGAAGUUUGUCCAUGCAAAGCUCGACUUGAAAGCUGCUUACUACCUUGUUGGCAUGGCCAACCAGAAGAAGGUACGAUAGUUACUAGCUGAAAGGGAUCAAACACCACCUAUCAUAGUGGCGAUGAGCAUGCCUCCAUCAACAAAUGGAUUCUCCCCUGCUGCUUGAAUACAAGGACAAGGACAGUAGUCUAUUAGAGUUCCCUAAACAUAACUGUGAAUGUAAACAUACUGAAUAUUUCUCCAUUCAUUUUAGUUGAGCAGUUUUCACUCUAUGCACGUGCUUCUUUGGAUUGAAACUCUUGAAAUGUAGUGCCAGUUGUGUGGUAGCAAUGACAUGUACAGUAUGUUUUAGUUUCUGUGUUAAGCCAUAUUUGUAUUCACAGAGCAGGAUUUAAAGCGUACUUAUGUUUUGUUUUUGUCUGAGUGACUUCUAAUCCAUCUGAACAAUCACUUGAGAUGUGUCUUUUUGUCUAGAAAAGAUAUUUUCUUGGGCUACCUUUCUAACGUAAAGGACAUCAGUGUACAGUAGUAUUACUGUCUGGCUCCAGGGUUUACUCGCUUAAUUUAAAGCCAACUCAGGUCCUUAAUUCUUCACUGCAAUGCCAAAAAUACGCAAACCUGCCUUACCUGCUAACUGAAUUAGCUUUUAUUGAAAUGCCUUGUUUUAUUUGUUGGAUAUGAACUGGGGAAGGGUCCAACUUUAUGACAUGUCAGUAAUUCCACCCAUAUCUCUUGUGGUGCUUCGAUCAAAUGUUUUUAAUGAGAAAAGAAGUAGGAAUGGUCUUAAUGCAAUUUAAACAUCAUUGGUGAGGGGACAAUUCCUAGAUCUCUUGAAUUUGGGGGUUUUGUAAAGAAAAAGGUUACAUUUGUCACCAUUGUUUUAAGUGCCUUUUUAUUUCAAUACAUUCACAUUAGCAAUUCUGUAUUUCUGAAAUUAUUUAUUGAAUAAACCUUGAAUUGAUUUACCCCAGUAAUGCUAGAAAAGUGUUGUGCAGUAACUGUUUUUGGAUGUUUUACUGUACUCACUUCUUUGUCUCCGUGGCUUACCAGCUUUUUACAGGGAAUGACGUGUAUGGGUUUUAAAUAAGGAUGUGAAAAAAUCAUAAAUCAGGGUUUUUUUAUGAUUCAUGACUUCUUUAUAUGGACAAAUGAAGCCAUUGGAAACAAUAAGCCUGCCUAAAUGUGUUUCUAUCUUGUGAUUUCUA